GCAGGUUUUGUUUUGCUUUUUUUUUUUUUUUUUGUGUGCGCAUCAGCUUCUUUGGGUUGGGGGGAUUCGAACCCAGCUAUGCUAAGUGAUAUGUGGGUGGCAGGUGGCUUGCUGUUGAGGCAAUUCUUACUUCCCGUACAGCAGGAUGUCUCAUUCUCUCAUAGCUGCUACAUUCAGGGGCCAGGGGCCAACAAAGCAAAAAGGUGAAUUUUUUUGUGUUCCAUCAAUUGAUUUGAGGGGUCCAGUAUACCAGUAUGCCCCCAGCCACCCAAGGGCCUGCGCGUAUGGCGGAGCGUGCACAGAAGUCGCGUGGUUAAAAAUGAAGAAGGUAACGCAAGGAGACAAUCCUAAGCUAAAAAGAAGAAACGAAGCCAUCAAGUACUAAAGCGAGGGCAGCCGCGAACUUUGUUGUGUGUUUUACAAAAUCCCACUCGCUCUCCGUCUCCUUCUCCCUCUCCAAUUUUCCGGUCUCAAUCCUCUCAAAUGCAGAAAAUUCGAGUGAAUCCUACUUCGCACUUCCUCGCACGGUGAUUUUGAGUAUUUGUUUGAGAUAUGAGCAAAGAACAUUCGCCUGAGCCUCUUGAUUUCUUCAUUUGGACUGUUGAGGAUGUUGGUUUAUGGUUGGAAGAAAUAAAUCUUGGUAGCUACCGUCAAAUUUUCAAAGAAAAUGGGGUCAAUGGAGAAUAUUUGGAGGGCAUGUCCAUGUUUACAACGGAACAGAUUCUACGAUUUAUAAGGCGAUGCCACAUGAAAUGGGGAGACUUCAUCACUCUCUGUAAGGAGCUCAGGCGAAUAAAAGUGGCAUGCCUAAAAGGGGAGCAAAAAUUUCGGCGGCCAUGGUGGGCUCCAUCGUGCUUAUCAGUUGUCUUCGUCAAGUAUGCAAAGCGAAACAGACGGUCGCGAGUAGUUUCAUUGAAACUGGAACCAUGAUACUGAUCUGCAUAUGUGUAUGUAUUUGUGGUUUACCUUUUUGUUUAGGGGAUGAGGAAUUUAGGAAAGAACUCGACUCUUAUUAUAAAUAUGGCAAAGUAUUGCUGAUACUUCUGCCUUGGAGAACUCUCUUUGAUAUACAAUCCCUUUGAUAUAUUUAUUUUG